AUGGCCAGUGACAAGAGGACCGUCUCCAGUCCGGGCGCCCCAUUGGAUGAUCCAGCAGCCGUCGGCCCUUGGCCAUCAGGCGAGCCGCGAUACCUACUCCGUACGCACGCUACGGUUACCCAGCUAUUAUCGCACGCAUUGAAUCGCCCCCGAGAUGGAGGUGCUCAGCUCGCAUUACACCCACUGCCUGCAAUGCAGCAGCAGCGCCGUUGUUACGAGGAAGCCAGCCUACGGAGCACACCUUACGCAUACAGUGAGCAUGAGGUCUGCCGAGACAAGGGCAAGCCACCUUCGUCUCCCUCUCCAAAGGGCGCCGUACCAUCUUGUCCAAAAGUCUUGGCUUUCGUCCCAUUUUGCCAAAAGAAUGCCAAUCGCUCACCUACUCUCCCGCCCAGCCUUGGCCGGCAAGGACGGCGCAUUGGCAAAGGCUGCAAAGUCCUCAAUCUCUCUCCGACACGUCUUUCUACUCACCUGAAAGUUGAGCCGCUCCCCUUUGCUCGCAAUACUGCUGUCACGACAGUAAAUCUCCUUCACCGGAAACCCCUCCUCAUUCUCUCGGCUCCCUUCCGCUUUGCUGUAUUCGUCGUACCUCAUGCCAUCGCUACAACCGCGAAACACCCGCUACGACCGUCCCAUGCUAUAACCAGGGUCGCUCACCACCGCCGCAUACGAACAAACCCACUCUCCGCCCCAAAGAACGGCCAACGGCCUUUCCUCCGACCUUUCUCCUACUUUGAUAGGGAAAUCAACGGCGUGUCACCAAGUCCCCGUCUGGCUCCCCCAGCUUCAACACCCGCCCUGUCAGCCUGGUCCGCUGCAUUGCAUAACCUUGCCUUGCCAGUAUCGGUAGCUGUCCGACCCAUGAACCGCCUCCGACUCGACCAAUCCACAUUCUACGUCGCCACGAUGAGGUGCUCGCAGCCUUCCGCCGCUCUGCUGUCACUGUGUUUCCUUGUCUCGAAUGCCGUCCUCGCCGAUGAUACGACCACUGUUCCGAUCUACCUGCCGCACUAUGAUGCGAAUAGCUGGUCGCAGCUGCGGGGGAGUGUAAUCUCAAGUAAUGCCAAAGAAACAACAUAUACCGUCUUCUGCCCGCCACAAACAAGCCCCAAUUGCGACCUAGCCAUCGAGUUCCCCUUCGUCUUCUCCGAGGGCGAGAGCACGCUUCAGUUCCACGGCACCAAGACAUCAACUCUCAUCGCCGAUCUGGGCUGCACAUUGAGCGGGACGACAGCUGCGACAUGUUCAGGAUACUCGAGUCUAAAGAGCGGAUACAUUAACGGCAAAUUGACGGGCCCGACCGAGGUGUCAUGGACAUCGACCAUGACCGGCUCUGAGGUGGAAUGGGGUAUUCUCACUAUGGCCGAGGAGCCCGCGGCUACAGCAACCCCAGCGACGACAACGACUGCCGACAACUCGAACUUUGACGACUUCUUGUACACGGAUAGCCUGUCGCCUUCAUUACCUGCCGAAACCAACCCGAGCGCUGCCCCUCGUCUUGGUCGCGGCUGGGCUCUCAUUGCAUCGGUAUGCAGCAUGGCAGUUGUCGCGUUGAAUGAACGGAUCCUUCGAGCAGUCACACGUUUGACAGGAUCCCCGCUAGAUUGGUCGGCAGUCCUGCGUUACGCUCCACGCAAGACAACAUGUGCGUGGAACGCGGACAGCUAUUAUACUCGCCUCUUGGACGAUCGAUUCUUCACUAAGCAGCAGGGUGACAAGCAUGAUGUGUUAAUUUGA